AUGGCAUCGGAGCUGCUAACCACACUCGAGCCAGAGCUGCUACGCGGAGUGCCAUUGCAUGUUUGCCUGGGAGGGUGGGCUAAGCAUUGGAGGCCACCCGAUCCUGGGAUGUUCAAGGUGGAUGAUGCCAACUAUGCGCUGAGCCGACAAGCCGAGUACUUCGACGAUUUCCUCAGUCACGAUUGGCAAACAUCCCGAUGGAUCAAGCUUUGCACUCUCCUCGUUGUGUACAACUCACGAGCAGCACUUCUGGCAACCUUUCUGGCUUGCCCACUGAUCGCUGGAGUCCGCGUUGUCGGCGUGCUGCCAAACUACCGGCCGAGCUCAUGCUUUGUCUAUGUCGUUCACUUGUUUUUCUUAUGCUUCUGGCAGCGACUCCGCUGCUCCCUGCUUCCACCAAUCAUGGUCUUCCUGGACAAGCUCUGCAUUGCGCAGAGCCCCGAACAAGCUGAGCUGAAGAAGAAAGGCAUUCUUGGACUAGCUGCCUUCCUCAACCAUUCCAAGCGACUGUUGGUUCUGUGGUCGCCAAGGUACUUCAGCAGAUUGUGGUGUGCAUAUGAGAUUGCCGCAUUCCUGACGGAUCACAACAAGAACAAACGCAUAGUUAUCAUGCCGGUUCAUGCCGGCAUCACCAUCCUCCUGUGCUACUUCUUCUUCAGCUGGGUGGCGUCCUCUGCGCUCAUCGUCCUGGGGAUGCUAAACCAUGGUACUCUUGGGGUUCAACACGGCCAGGACCUAUGGACUGUCUUUCCAGUUGCUUUGGGCGCGAUACUUGUUCCUGUAAUCUUACUCGGAGCACCCGCUGCCACCUUGGUCGUGCAAAUGGCCAAGCAACUUCGUCGCGCACCGGAGCAGUUGAAGACCUUUGAGGUCCAAGGAGCUGCGUGUUUCUGUUGUCAGAGCGGCCACAAGCACCCGGACACAGGAGCCGACAUCCCAUGUGACCGGGAGCUGGUAUACAGGAAGUUGAAAGACUGGUAUGGCCGCCCUACGGACAUUAGCGAAGAGUACCUGCGCCGAUUCAACUCCCUGGUUCAUCACAGGUUGAGGCGCUCCGUGCUCAGACAAAUGCCCUACGCCGUCCCCACCGCGCCUCUCCUCUACAUGCUGAGUGCAGCCACCAUGCCAUGGCUGGCAGACAUAAUGGAAAGGCUGCUUUGGCGCGUGUUGUUCGUUAAAGAAGACGGACUCCAUUUUCAGGAAUUUCUCGGUCGCUUUGUCCUCCUCGAGUGGGCCUUUGUGGUCACACUGGUCAUCACAUUAGGGCUACAAGCAGUGACUUUGGCAACUGUUCUUGCCCGUAGGUUUCCAAACGUCCGUGACGUUUGGCUUGGGCUGCUGGUUCUCACGGCGUGCGCCGCGCCGGCAACAGUUCUUGUGGGUACCUUUUUCGCGUAUUUACACAUGGCAGCUGAUGCUUGGCCUCCAACCAUCGUGUUCAUGGUAACGCUGCUCCUGGGUUCAUGCCUGCUACGGCACUUGACAAACCAAGAAGCCGCAGGUGCAAUCCAAGAGAUUGAAGACAUGUCUCGCCAAACGUCCUUCAUGUCUGAUGUGACACCUACGAAUACCCCUCAGCUGACAGCAGAGAUUUUUGAGGCGGCAGUCGACAAUGGGUUGAUUGCCCGCGUGCCAUCCAAUGUCUCGGACAAGUCCGGGUUUAGUGUUUAA